UUCAGUUACUUUACGAAUGUGUCCAAUAGUAAAGACAAUAGUAAACGAGACAAGAAUAUGAAGGUAUAAACAGCUGUGCCUUAGGGCAGCAACGAAAAGCUUUUUAUAUGAUACUGAUAAGAGUGAACAUGAACUUGAAAUUUCGCUAGAGAAGUUGGGCUAGCCCAACGUCGGCGAGUCAGUAUCGACUCUAUCCGCAGCGGGAAAGUGGACAGCAACCACUCAGUUGUCCAGUUUUCGGUGCUAUCGUAGUCUGGUGGUCGUACCGACUUGGGUGUAUUGCGAUUUCCCAGUACCCCUUUUUCCUGGAUAAAAAAUUUUCGUAAGAACCCUAUUUUUCCACAGUGGUAUAACGUACCUCUAGCUUUCGAUUCACAACUAUCGAUUGUUUCGGUUCACCAUCGAUAGUAUCGACCGGCAGAAUGCUUCACUGAGUCAAGUUGGUGAAAUGGCUCCAAAAAUGCUUACGGCGGAUGAAUUUUCUAUUUUGAAAGAUCUGCUAGUGCUACUGGGAUAUUUUGAUAGUGCCACCACAAAAUGUUUUGCACAAGAGGUAACAAUAUACCUGAUAAUUCCAAUCAUAUGCGGGCUAAAUACAGAAUUACUCGAAUCAACAAAAGCACUAAAAACUAAAGAAGGUAAAUAAGUAUGCAGUUUUCUAUUGGAAAAAAUAAAUUCAAGACAUUCCCACUAUGAAAACCGAUCAGUGACCAAAAUAGCAACGAUUUUAGACCCACGGUUUAAAAAAGAUGGAUGGAUUCCGGUCUAAUAAUAUAACACAAAAUGCAGUCAUUUUAAUUGAAAAUGAGCUUGCUUCUUUGAAAAGUCAAUCUCCCGAAAAACUGCCAAUUUCACCAGAUGCUCCAGAAGAAUGUGAAACGUCCAUUAACGAUCUACUUUUCAGUUUUCUAAAAGCCAAACACGCUGCCAAAGCUGGUUCGAAAAGGGUAGAUUCUAUCAAAGCUCUUAAAACCUACAUGGAGCAGAGCCAUCUAAAUCAGGACCCUCUUGAAUUUUGGAAGAAUUGUACAGAUGAAACCGUUGGCCUUCAACAAAUAGCGAGGCACUGUCUGUUUAUUCCCGCAACUUCCACAGCGUCUGAACCAAUGUUCAGCAAAGCGGCGGAUAUAGUUUCCGCAAAAAGGACAUUACUAAAAACAUCCAAUGUGGACAAACUGCUGUUUUUAAACAAAAAUAUUGAUAUAUAA